GUAGCAGCCCUUGCUAAUCGAGCGCCUAUCUCUCAGAAAUCUGCAAGAUGGCGCAGGCAAUAUUCGAGGUGCUUGAAGGCAUGGACAACCAGACUGUGUUGGCUGUUCAGUCUCUGCUUGAUGGCCAGUCUGGAGUUCCUGACCCAAAUAAUCAAAAUGUGUCAACCACGCCCACUAUUCAGUCUAUGGCAGACGAUGAAGACGUUUUCCUGUGUGGCAAAUGUAAGAAGCAGUUUAACUCGCUACCGGCCUUCAUGACUCACAAGAGGGACCAGUGUCAGUCUGGUGCCCCCUCGCUGUCCACGGUGUCUCUGGCCUCUACGAACGCUUAUGCGCCGGUCCCGUCCAUCAGCUCCGUCCCACAGACUCCAGCCAACAGACAGGUGUCCACCUACAUCGCCGUGCCUCCUUCACCUUUGACACACACGCUGGUGCAAGGCAACGUGCUAGUCAGUGACGACGUUCUCAUGUCAGCCAUUUCAGCCUUUACCUCUAUCGAACAGCCCAUGGCCACCAUGCAGGCACCUUUACAGAGUAACCUGAGCAUGCACACAGCUGGAGUAUCCUACCUUCAGCACCAUCACCAUCAUCAUCAUCAGCAGCAGCAGCAGCAGCACCAACAGUCCUCCCACCCCCUCCCAGCUGGACAACCCCCCCAACAGUCACUCUCAUCCCAGGUCCCAGCGAGCCACAGCAACUCCGUGGUGCAGGUCUACAGCGCCAUGCCCCACAUGGCAGGGGCCGGUGGGGGUGCAGCAGAGAUCCACGCCCUAGGACUGCAGGCCUUCCAUCAUCCUGUUCAGGCCCCGGGUCAGUGUGUGGACAGCCAGUCCUUCAGCAGCACUCCCGUGUACAGUCCUGGGAAGCAGGCCACCAAAACAAAGAGCUGCAGCAACAACCUGACAGAGCUGGGCGACUUCGAGAAGGUCAUCAUUCCCAAACAGCCCCGGAGUAGCAAGAAGAGCUCCAGUGGAGCCGCAGCAGAGCAGCUGAAGGGGAAAGGUUCGAAGCUGGAGUGUAAUUUCUGCGACAAGAUCUUCUCCAAGAACUUUGAUCUCCAGCAGCACAUCAGGAGCCACACGGGAGAGAAACCCUUCCAGUGCAUCGUCUGCGGACGAGCCUUCGCCCAGAAAUCCAAUGUGAAGAAACACAUGCAGACUCACAAGGUGUGGCCGAUGAGCGUGGCCAGCUCGGUGUCCCGACUGCCGGUUACGGUGAAGGUGGUCCCGGCGUCGGCGGGGGAAGAGGGACGGGGAGGCGAGCAGCAGAAGGGAGGCGACACGGACGAGGACGGGUCACAGCACCAAACGGGACAAGAACAGGAGUCGGAGCAAGCAGAGGCACCGCAGGAGUUGGAGGAGAAUGUGACCGAUGCUCACGCUGGUCCGGCAGAGGAGGAGAGCGGUCGCCCCCAUGUCCAGAUCCAGGCGCUGUCCAACCAGAACCAACAGACGGUAGUGAUAGACAACACCUACCGGUGCCGGUUCUGCAGCAGCAAGUUCAAGACUUACUUCCAGCUCAAGUCCCACCUGACGCAGCACAAAGGGGAGCAGGUCUAUAAAUGCGUGUUAAAGUCCUGCUCCCAGACCUUCCAGAAGCUCGAUCAGUUCCUCGAACACAUCCGGACCCACCAGGAGCAGCUGACGUACCGCUGCCACCUCUGCAGCAAGGUGUUCCCCUCGCUGUUUGAACUGGGGGUCCACCAGUACUCCCACUGCUUCUGCCCACAGCAGAACCCACGCAAGGAGGCAGCCGUCUACAGGUGUGUGAAGUGUCAGAGCAGAUAUUCAACUCAGGAAGCUCUGGAACAGCAUCUGCUGACGGCUUCACACAGCUUCCCUUGUCCACACUGUCAGAAGGUUUUCCCAUGUGAGAGAUACUUCAGACGCCACCUCCCCACACACGGAGUCGGAGGGAGGUUCAAAUGUCCCGUCUGCAAGAAGGCCUUCAAGACAGAGCACUACCUCAAGCUGCACACCAGGAUUCACUCAGGUGAAAAACCGUUCAAGUGUUCCCUCUGUGAGGCGACGUUCAACAGAAAGGACAAAGUAAAGCGACACAUGCUCAUCCAUGAACCUUUUAAGAAAUACAAGUGUCCCUUCAGGACACAUGUUGGCUGCACCAAAGAGUUCAACAGACCCGACAAACUCAAAGCGCACAUCUUGUCACAUUCUGGUAUCAAGCCCUACAAGUGUCUGUUUUGCCAGAAGGCGUUCAGCCGCAGGGCUCACAUGCUGGAGCAUCAGCAGUCCCACACAGACAACUACCGCUUCAGGUGCUCCACCUGCAGCAAGGGCUUCACCAGACAGAGCUAUUACAGAGACCACAAAUGUCCCGCGGCAGGAAACGAGACGGCGGCAAAGGGAGGAGCGGACGGAGACGAGGCCGCAGGAGCGGUGGAGAUCGGUGGAGAGCGCGACAGGAGGAGAAAGUCUCUAAGGUCGCAGAGUGGUGGGGGAGAUGCAGAGACGGAGGAAGAUGAACACCGAGAGGGGACACGACAGGGCGAGGGAGAAGACGGAGAAAGGACAGAUGAAGGCUGUGGAGUUGCUGUCGGCACCACUGAGGGACAGACUGAAGGGGAUGAGGACAGCGGGACGGAUAAAGGUGGCGAGGUGCUGGAGCAGAUCCGCAGCAGCGACAGAAACGGUUCACAGCAAACUUGCUUGUAGUUGUGAAAAUGCUCCAACUUUACCUGGAAAUGUCCCAUUUUUUUAAGUCAAAUGUUAAUUAAAGGUGGAAUAUGGAACACCAAAGCGACAUCUAGUGUGCGGAGGUUGUAGCUGCAACAUUAGAGCAAGGUUUCCACUCGUCGGACAUCAGGUUCGCUGCAGAUACGCGACAUUUCUUAUCAGGGUCCAUCUGUCGCAGGCUUCAGCUGAACUUACUCUGGUCUUUUAUGGUCGCUCCUCUUCUGAGGAGGACAACGACAUCCUCGGGGCUCAGAAGCAGCAGCUCGACUCGCCGAGUCUACCGGUUUCAGCCAGCCUCACCGUACCGAGUGGAAACAUAAAACACUGUACCUUCAUUCUGCACGCCUCCAAACGCCGUGUGGAGGGUCUAUUAUCAAACGAUGCAGCUUUUCAUUUCCAUAUUCAACCUUUAAUUAGAAGUGAAAAACAUCAGGGAAAUCAAUUUUUUUAAUUAUAAAACUUAAUUUUUCUACAGCCGUUACAAUUAUCCUCUUUCACUCAUCUUUUUGCCAACAUAUGAAACCGAUCCUGCACUUUUGUGUAAAGCGUUUAUGACUACGCCCUGCCAGGAGGCGGACGGUCCUUUCGACUUAAUUCAAGAAAUCUGACGACAUUUGGUGCAACGGUAGCCGAGAGUAGAUUAGAGAAGAUGAGGUUAACUCCAACAACAGAUGACCUCAGAUUAAGAGGUGGAUGAUGUGCAUACUUUCCAGGAAAGCUUUUAAUUUAAAAUAAAGAUUACAUUUUCAGUAAUUUUAUGUUUUUAAAAAAUAAAAUUUUAUUCAAACAA